AUGCGAUUCGAUGAAAGCGGUAAGCUACCAAUCGACAGCAUAUCAACAGAAGAUAACGACAAUUUAAUAAAAACAAUCGAACCAAAAAAAAGCGAUACAACAAAAUCUGAUUCUUCAAAUCUUGACUCAUCAAAAUAUGCAGGCGAAACUGUAAAUCCACCUGCAACGGUUAUCAUUGACAAUCAAGACGAUCAACAAAGUUUAUGUGAAGAAGGCCGUGCUCAAGAGCCAGAAUAUGGUGAUGAAGCGAAGAUUGACUAUAAAGAACAUGAAAAUGAAACGAAAUAUGGCGUUACAGACCAUGAAAAUGAAGCGAUGGUUGAAGGUGCUGAGCAUGCCAAUGAAACGAAGGCUGGCGUUAAACAUGAAAAUGAACCGAAAGUUGACGAGACUGAACAUGGAAAUAAAGCGAAGGUUGACGAUAAAGAAGAUGAAAAUGAAACGAAAGUAGGCGUUACAGAGCAUGGAAAUGAAGCAAAAGCUGAUGAUGAAGAAAAUAGAAAUGAAGCGAUGGUUGAUGAUAAAAAGCAUGGAAAUAAAGCGAUAGGUAAAGGUGCUGAGCAUGCCAAUGAAGCGAAAAUUGAAGAUAUCGAACACGAAAAUGAAGCAAAAGCUGACAAUAAAGAACAUGGAAAUGAAGCGAAGAUGGACGAUACAGAACAUAAAAGUGAAGCGAAAGGUUGCAUUACAGAACAUGGAAAUGAAACGAAACCUGAUGAUAAAGAACAUGAGAAUGAAGCGAAGAUUGACGAUACUGAACAUGGAAUUGAAGCGAAAGUUGAAGGUACAGUAUGUGAUAACGAAGCAGACGUACAAGAGGAUCAAUCAAGUGAACAUCAAGAAUUUGAUGAUCUCAAUAACUGUAAAAAACUGCGUUGUGAAGGUCGUCCUUGUGCAAAAUGUCAUAUGUGUCGUGAUUGGCAUUUCACUGGAGAUCAAGACACAUGGGCAUGGAUCACCAAUUGCAAGAAUCGGACAGACGAUGAAUGGAAGCGUUUUAUCGAUGAUGGUAUCUACAAGAAUUUUACGAAACGUGAUGGUGCUACCUGCUAUCUUCGUCUUGCUCUUCUUCGUGAUAAUUUGUGUGUUUGUGAACUACAUUAA